AGCUUCCCUGCCUUUGAGCGCUCUGAGUGCGCCAACGGCGCGAUGGGCGUCCCUGGGUUCUACCGUUGGGCCGUGCGCCGGGUGCCGUAUUUGCGGGCGAAAAGCUGCAGCCUGCCCUAUGAGUUCGACAACCUGUAUUUGGACUUCAACGGGGUGGUCCACACUUGUGUGAAUGACUGGAGCCUCCAAGAGCAGGAGGAGUUUCUCUUCCGCUUGAUUGAGGCGCAGCUGGCAGUGCUCUUGUCCAUCGUGAGCCCCAAGGUGCUGCUGUACAUCGCCCUGGAUGGUGUGGCGCCGAGGGCCAAGAUGAACCAGCAGCGUGCCAGGCGGUUCCGCAAAGCUCAAGACGACCCCGCCGCGGACGAGCUGGAUGCCGUGGUGGAGAUUUUCGACCGAAAUGCCAUCACUCCCGGGACCCCCUUCAUGCAGCGCUUGUCGGACCGCCUGCGGCGAUGGGCCCAGGAACAGGCCGCAAAUCCAGAUCUGCAGGGGGUGACCAUUGUCAUCUCCUGUGACCGCGAUCCAGGCGAGGGCGAGCACAAGAUCAUGGAGGUGAUCCGGAACCACCCGGAGCACACGCACUGCCUCUGCAGCAACGACGCAGACUUGGUGUUCCUAGGCCUGGUCUGCAGAUCUGAGCAUGUGUACCUGCUGCGCACCAAGCCCAACUACGAGAAGCGGGUGCGGCCCGAGCCGCAGGACUCUGGGCCAGAGGUGCUUGACGGGAGUGCGCAGCCAGCAGUGGAGGACUACGAGAUGUUGAGCAUCGUAGCCCUGCGUGCGUGGCUGUGCAGCCAGUUUCCGGAUUGUGCCCAGCAGCGACUGCUGGCGGACUUUGUGGCGAUGUGCUGCUUGGUGGGGAAUGACUUUCUGCCGCACAUGGCGGCCCUGGAUAUCUACGACGGGGGGCUGGACAAGCUGCUGGCGGCGUAUUGGCACCUGCAGCCCGCGCAAGAGGGGUACCUCACCACGGAAGACUUCAGCUUGAACUUGCCGCGCUGGCGGGGACUGCUGGAGCAAGUGGCGCAGGACGAGUGCGAGCUGCUGCUGGAGCUGGUGGGCCUGGGCUUGGGCCCCAAGCAGUUGGCCUACCGCGGGCCUGGGCCGCCGCCCGGCGACUGGGACGGCCUGUCGCUGGUGGUUUGGAACGUGCCCCGCAAGGCGUCCGAGGCGCAGGUGACAGCUGCCAUGUCGAAGCAGGGCUGCGCCGUGCGAAGCGUCCACCGCCUGAAGCAGCAGUACAAAGGCUCCUCCUGGUUGGUGAUCUUCGCGGACGCGAAGUCCGCGGUGGAGACACUGGUGGCGACUCGACGGGUGGAGACGCAGAAAGUUCAGAUGUCUUGGGUCAAGCCCGAGACUCUCGAGCUGGAAGAUGAGGCCGUUGCCUUCGAGGCAGCCGACUGGAAGCCGGUGCUGCACCAAGCCGUGCGCGAGAGCUUCGAAUUCUGGCUGGGCCCCGAGAACCUGCCCAAGGACACGUACCUGCGUCGCCACGUGCGCCAGCGGCGGGACCGCUUUGUACCGCUCCGGGUCUUCGCGAUGUUCCGGCGCUUGAGGGCCUGGGUGCAAAACUUGGAGCAGUUGGCCGAGGUGCUGCGCGGCUCCACGGAGCUGGAGCUCUCGGGGGAGGGCCGGGCCGCCAUGGUGCGGCGCCGCGAGGAUUUCUCGAGGCGGCCCGAGGAGACCGAGGACCAGGUGGAGCGGCAGCUCAGGUGCCUGGAGUUGCUGGCGGAGGGCAGGAGUGUGGAGGCUGUGCAGAUGCUGCAAGUGGAGUACACCCGCCGCUCUUCCGGCCCCGUGGCGGCGAAUUCCCCAGAUCCGGAGGAUGCCGCCGCGGUGCAGCAGCAUCGCAGCGUCGCCUUCCUCACGGGCAUUGAGUGGGUAUUGAGAUACUACGUGCAAGGAUGUUCCUCGUGGUCGUGGUUUUUCCCGGCACAUUAUCCUCCGCUAUGUGCCUCUCUUGCCAACGUGACAGGGCCCAUUGUGAAGCCACCGCUGGACGAGCCCGUGGCUCCGGAGCUGCAGCUCUUGGCGGUGCUGCCCCCGCAGAGCGCCCCGCUGCUGCCGGAGAAGCUGCGGCCGCUGCUGGAUCCCUCCUCGCCCAUUGGGGACUUCUACCCUCAGCAGUUCGAGGUGGACCUAAAGGAGGGUGAUAAGGACUGGCAGGCCACGGUGCUUUUGCCCUUCGUGGACGAGGGGCGGCUGCGCGAGGCCUUGGCCACUGUCUUCAACGACAGUGACCUCUCCACUCCGCGGCCGGCGCAAGCCUGCUGCGUGGAGGCAGAAAAGGAGGGCAGCCCCGUGCGCUGCUGGAGCUUCAAGCCGGAGGAGGAGCUUCCUGCGAGCAGAGCCAGCCGCGAUGACCUGGGGGUGCCUUUGCAGUUCUCGGAGGCUGCGGCCCACAUCGCCGCGGGCGCCAAGGGCGCCAAGGGCUUCGGAAAAGCCGCGUUUGGCGCGUUUGGCAAGGGCCGCAAGGGCAAGGAUCGGCGGAGAAGCGGCGAGAAAGGGAACGGCUCAGAAGCGUCGGGGAGUGCGGAGAAGGCUGAGAGUCCUGUAUGUCACGAAGCAGCGACAACAGUGGCAACGACGGCAGCCUUUGCCUGACCGGAAUUGUUCAUGCACUUUCCUUGCAGCGCCGCGCUUGCUGCCCCAGCGCAAGACUGAUGAAAGCAACAACAGGAAAGUUCAAUCACACUUUUCAGCUGCUUGCGAGCCGGUUUGCUCCCUCAGAGUUUCACUGCCUUGGGGUCGUGCGGCCUGCCAAGCAAGCGCCGAAAGCUUUCGGCGGGAUUGUUUCUUGUUUUCGCGGUCCAGCGAUGUACAGCUGCAAGCAUUCCUCUGGUCACUGAGGCCUGCACAUUGUUUUGCAUGGAGAAUUGCAGAGCUGUUUAGGGUCUUGUGCAGAGGCUCGGUGCUGUACAGCGGGGCAAGGA